AUGCCCCCAAUCUCUGACUACAUCUUGUCUAUUCACUACCUCCCGGCCGGCUCCUCGGCACUGCUGUCAUGCCUCGCGCUGACGCUUGGGGUACCCUGGAAGACAUCCCUCAUGAUCACCUGUGUAGGUGCACUUAUGAGCUGUCUCGCUUUCUAUGUUCAACCUUUGAAGUGCUUUACCCCGCUUGGGGGGCGCUUUAAUGUAGGCGUGCGCGAAGUGCGUGGUGAGCGCGGUGCCAUGAAGCCCCCUGUCACAGUUGUUUACCCGACAACUAGCGGCACGCCGCGGGGCGGAAUCGAGUACCUUCCGUUUGGCGAGCGUGGCUACCUGGUGGGGUUGGCGAGGUACGCUAAGCUUCCCUACGUACUGGUGAAGGACAUUUGCCUUUUACGCACGAAAAUGCGGCCCAACGCGGAGCCGGCGCCACUCUUCCAGCGCAAUGGGGCCCCACGGCCAAUGGUCGUGUUCAGCCACGGUCUUGGCGGAUUUCCGCACCUCUACAGCACGCUGCUAAUGGACUUCGCUGUGCGCGGAGCCGUUGUGUUUGCCAUGACACACAUGGACGGUAGCGCUGCUUACUGCCGGGACGCUGGAGGGGAUAUUCGUAUUCCACUGAAUACCCAGGUGGGCUGGACCACCGAGGAUCGCGCGCCGCAGCUAGAGGUUCGUAUCCGAGAGACGUUCAACACGAUGAAGCGCAUCUGCAGCGGAGAGCUACUGCUCGCCCUGGGGUACGAUCAGGCAACGGUUGAUAAGUACGUCGCUAUGGCACCGAGCAUUCACCUCGUUGGGCAUUCGUUUGGCGGUGCGACAUGUCUGGCGGCUGCCCUGGGUGACACGCAAGACACGAGUGAAGCGAAAAGAGUGAGCGGCAUCGCGAGCGUCGUCGUCUACGACCCAUGGAUGGUACCGCUGCUAAAGACAAUGUUCUACGACAAGCUUACUCACAAGGAGCAUCCGCGCCACUUCAUCACACCUACGCUGCAGAUUUUCUCGGAGGAGUGGAUGCGAAACAAAGAGCAGUACUCGUUCUUCGCGAAAGUCAAGGCCAUUGUCGAUGCACAAGAGCGCACGGCCGAGGAAGCCGCGCUUGUGGCGGCCGCUGAUGCGAAGCUGAAUGAGUUGAAGCUGUCGUGGUACACGAUAAAGGACUAUUGUUGCACUGGGCAUUCGACAUGCACGGAUGUCCCGUUGUUUAGCCCAGUGUUGUACCGCUCGAGCUACAUGACGGCGUCACCGCGCGGCUCCAUAGUGGGCAUCGCAGCAGACACACUGCAGUUGAUAGAGAAACUCUCCGGACCCUUGCCCCUCGACACCAAAAUACUCAAUAACCCGGAACUUGCUGCUGUGCUGAGGGCGCAAAAGCAGUAUGCCACUUUAAGCACCAGGUCGCCUUGA